AUGUUAGAUGAACUAUCAGAUCAACUUGAAAAAACUUUUAUGAAUGAAGAGAUUAAUAUCAAAAGUGGUGUUGGAAAGAAAAUGGACGUUGAUGAUCGGGUUAUAUUGAACGUUGGUGGAAUUAAGUAUGAAACAUUUCGAUCAACCUUAACAGCAUAUCCAGAGACAUUACUUGGGAUCAUGUUCGCAGAUCGUAACAAAGAAAUGCUUCAUCCGAUAAAUGGCAACGAAUAUUUCUUUGAUAGAGAUGGACAUUUAUUUCGUCACAUCCUUCAAUAUUAUCGAACUGGAAUGAUUCAUUGGCCAGAACAAAUUUCUUGUUGUGAAGAUUUAAUUAAUCAAACAUGCUUAAAAUCAAAAAAGUUAAACAAGUCGAAUGAAAAAUUUGAAACAAAAGAUGUUAUUAUUUCACAACCUGUAGUUGAUAAUGUUAACGGUUUUUUAAAUUCACUUCUUGAUGUGAUGCAUCAAUUGGCAGGACUAUUUGAAAAGCAUAUAUUUAUUACAUUUUAUCAUGAUAGACAGCCACCGAUGUUUAGUCUGAUUACUCCCAACUUAAAUGUGGUUAAAAAUGAAACAGCACCAUUCCGAGAUAAUAUAAGAAAAUUAUUGUUACCUUAUGCAGGAGUUGGAUAUACUUUAUUGAUGAAUUUCGAACGAGAGAUUGAAUUGUACUUAAAAGGAGAAAUACCUGAAUUAAUUUGGUCAAUUGAAAAACCCGCAGGAUUACCUAAUAGGUUUAUUUUACAUUUGAGUUUUAAUGAUAAGUUUUUAAAACAACAAAUAUUAAGGAAUAGUUAUUUGGCUAAGGUCGUUAAUGAUGGUGAUAAAACAAAAGGGCAAACUACAGAUACCAAUUAUUAA